AUGGUGGGAGAAGAACCGGAGGGAGACUGUGAAUACGAAAGAUUAGAAUGGGCUCUCAAUAAGGACGAAAUGGAGAAGGAGAGGAGGAGAAUAAGAAGAGAAAAGCAGAUGAAUAGAGAAUGGCUCGUCGAACUCGAAAAGAGAAAAGAAGACGAGAUAUUGGAAGAAGUCAUAAAAAUGCUAAAGGAGAAAAACCUCGAAGGGAAGUUCCACGAGAUAGUGAGAACGCGGAAAUACAGAGAGAGAAGAACGGUGCACCCCGACCCGAAAGAAGACUGGAAUGAGGUGACAACGCCCCCCUUUGAAAUAGAAAUAGACCAGAGGACCAGAGACAGAUUAAGAAGAAGGGCAGAAAAAGAAAGGGAGGAACUGAGGAAAAGGAAGGAGGAGGAAAUGAUCGAGGAAGUUAUGCUGAGAGAGUGUUGGAAGAGAACAAGGGAUGUUAGAGGAAGGGCAGCAGCAGAAGGAAAUAAAGAUGGAGGAGACAACGAGAAAGGAAAGGAAAGGAAGGAGAGUGGAGAGUCUGCGGAGGAGGAACUAAAGUCAAAGGAGAAAGAAGAAGGGGAGAGGAAGAGUACAGGAACAGAAGAAGAGCAGGAAAGAAAAUGA